GUUUUUAAAAAAAAUGUAAUAUAUCGUAUUAAAUAAAUGAUACGCGAUUUGAAAACGCCCGCUGAUGUGGCAUAAAAAGUGAGGUUAGCCAUGUUUUUCCUCUUCGACCAAUUAAACUUUCUCUCGGUGUGAACACGUGCGUUUAACGUCUAAGAAGUUAGCUCUUAUCGUCGAGCAUUAGCUCUUGGGUCGCAUACAUAACCAAGAUUUAAAUCGAUUUCGUCGUCUAACUCGUUUAGGUUAGAAAGAUGGCGAAACUGAGACGCGCGGUUUGGGCUCUCUCGUCCAAUUUUGCAUCUAACCGAUACUUUUCUCGUUUAUUAACUGCACCAUGGUGCAAUAUCCACACGACUUUGUCACUUAAUGGAUUCUCCUCGAAUACUGCUGUUGACACCGAUAAUGCAUUGAUUAUCAGCGAUAGUUGUGUGAAACGUCUAAAAGAAAUAGCAAACGAGAAUGCAUGUUUGAGAGUUACCGUAGAAGGUGGAGGCUGUUCCGGAUUUCAAUAUAAAUUUGAUUUGGAUUCAAGCAUACACGAAGACGAUAAAAUAUUUCAGAAGGAUGGUGCUAAGGUGAUUAUAGAUUCGACGUCUUUAGAAUAUAUAAAAGGGGCGACUGUAGAAUAUCAUACAGAGUUAAUACGUUCUGCAUUUAGGAUAAUCAAUAAUCCUUUAGCGGAACAGGGAUGUAGUUGUGGUGCUAGUUUUUCCAUUAAAAUGAAUUAAUUUUCUUUCUAUAUAUUAUUUUCUAGCUAGAUAAUGGUUAGGGAUCUACCUUAUAUGCAUAACAUAACUUAUAAAUCUCUGCAAUUUCA